AUGUGGCGUCGUCGUCCCUCUCAGAGCGAACCAGCAUUACCAGCGUCUAACCCAGCACACGCCUACCCAUUUUCCAAUCCAUCAGGCUCUGCUCCAAUGUCUCGUCGAGGCCCUAUCGAAGGCCCUUACGGACAUCGACUGACUCGGCGGGUCACCUGGCGCUCGUCCACCUACAAGCUCGUCGCGUACCUUUAUGUGCUCUUUGUCUUGUAUCUUGUUUACUUGAUACGCGAUCUUUUCUUCCUGCCAUUCUCCUCAUCGUUCACGUCCUCAGGCGGGGCGAAUGUCCCCUCUGACCAUGACUACCUGGCUCACUUCAGAGGCCGUCAAGAAUGUGGCAUCUCUUCCCUCUCUCUUUACAAUCCUCCCUCCGCGAAUGACCAUGAGCAGGAGCUGAGGGGCGCUUAUUGUCAGAACCGAACCUCUUUGCUCGAUGCGCUGAACAAUGGAGGACGACAGGGAUUCGAUGCUCCCUAUACGCCUCAAGGUUGUCAUUAUCGGUGGUACACCACUGAGGAAAUAUGCAAUAUUCUGGAUCGCUUUGACAAGGUUAUCUUCCUUGGCGACGCCAACCUUGCUGACAUUUACGCCGCAUUCAACAUUCUCCUCCGGCAAGAUCUGGUGCACGGUUCGUUGAGACAGUGGGAGAUGAGCAAGGAGCGACUCGAAGCAUGUAAAUGCGACUAUCAGUUCAGUCGCGACCAAUGUUCGCUGUAUCGCCUGCGCUCCAGCGACGAAGUCUAUUCGAACGCGAAUCAGAAUCCUUACUCAUGUCCUUCUGGAGUAUCCCACAAAUUCUUAUCGAUAAGCGGCUCUCCCGCCCCAUCUGGCGUCCGGGAGGUUUUCAAUUGGUUGCUUGUCAAGUCAGCAAACGGCAAGAAGCCUAUUCCCGUGAUCCAUGGUUUGACGCAGCAAAAUGCGAUUUCCAGUCUGGACGAGUGGCUGCGACUGGCCAGGUCCAGCGGACGUCGUGUCCCAUUCCUUUGGGUCGGGCCUCCUGCAGCUGGCAAUUUGAAGGACUCAGAGUAUCUGGCGACUAAAGGCGGCGGUGCCGUCUCGCGUUAUACGCUUGACACGAUCGAGGCCGUUCGACAGAGGGGCGUAGACGCUCUGGGAAUGUACAAUGCGACAGUACAGGCGGCCAGUUUGGAUGGUUCUCACUACGGCGAGAAGACUUCACUGGUGCAGGCUAUGAUGGUUAUUAAUUGGUUGGCCCAUCUCGACGUCUGA